AUGGAAUAUCAAAAAAUUUUUAAAUAUUUUUGUUUAUUUAUUCUAUGUACAUUUUUAUGUUAUUUAUUAAUUACAAAUGAUUAUUCUCAUAUAUUAUAUUCAUUAAAAAUGCCUUUUAUUACUUCAAACAAUACUAAUAAUUCAUUAAUAAAAAAUUUUUUAAUAAUAAAUCAAACAAAUAAUUCAAUAGUAGAAUUAUCAUCUAUAAUUAUAAAAAAAGAAUUUGAAAAUCGUCUUUCUGAUUAUUAUCCUCAAUUACCUAUUCAUAUUUUUACACAAAAUAUAUCACUCAUAGGCAAUACAAGUAAACUUAUUUUAUUAGGUAAUGGAUUUUUUGGUGGUCGAGAUUGGGGUAUUGCUUCAGCAAGUCAAUCAUCAACACAAAAAAUGACUUCACUCUAUUGUCCAUUUUUAUCUAAUUAUUGUGAUAUAACAACUGAUUAUAAUCGUUUUUCUGAAGCAGAUGCUAUUGUUUAUCAUAUACGUGAUCAUAUUGAUCAAAAGCAAGCUAAAGAAAAACGUCAUCCUAAACAACGUUUUGUAUUUGCUUUAUGGGAAUCACCAGCUCAUACACCUAAUUUACAUUCUUUUAAUCAAUUUUUUAAUUGGACAAUGACUUAUCGUUUUAAUUCUCAUAUAAUAACAUCAUAUUAUUCUGGUAAUCCAUAUAUUCAUAUAUUAAGUUCAUAUUAUCAAUUAAUGUUAAAUGAAAAUUCUACACGUAAACUUAAUUUAAACAUAAAAACAGUUGAUCAUCAACCAUCCGAUGAAAUAUUACAAAAGAAAAAAUUAGGUAUAGCUGCUGCUUUAAUAUCAAAUUGUGGUGGUAGUAGUCAACGAUUAAGAUUUAUUAAAGAAUUAAAACGUUAUAUUGAUGUUCGAAUAUAUGGACGAUGUGGAGAAGGAUGUCCUGGAAAUAUUCAUUGUAGAAAAUUUAUAGCUGAAAAUUAUUAUUUUAUUCUUAGUUUUGAAAAUAGUCUUUGUUUAGAUUAUACAACUGAGAAAUUUUUUGCUGCACUUGAACUUUCAGUUGUACCGGUUGUAUUAGGACGAACAAAUUAUUCUUAUUUUAUUCCAUCAUCUGGAUAUAUUGAUGCACGUCAAUUUUCUACAAUGAAAUCAUUAGCUCAAUAUCUUAAUGAAACUCGUUAUAAUAAAGAAAAAUAUUUAUCAUAUUUUUCAUGGAAAAAAGAUUAUGUUUGGGGUUUACAUCAAUUUUUUACUCCAUUUUGUGAUCUUUGUUUACGUCUUCAUCUUGAUUCAAAACCAAAUAUAAUUGAUAAUAUACAUAAAUGGUGGUUUGAUAAUAGUUGUCAAGGAGCACAUAUACCUCCUUGA